GACAACCUCGCGCCCGCAACGUCAUCCGCAGGCCGACAUCUUGGAUCACUCAAAAGCAGAAGGUCGACCAUCAACAACCCCAACCCUGACUUCUGCAGGAUCUGAAUGGACUUGCCGAUGAAAUGACCUCUGAGCAGGUCCCGCCCCCAUUGGCGGCCGCUCGCACUCACUCACCCCGGUCCAGCCAUGACCUCGUCACCGUGGUGCUUACCACUUCGCCAACACCCUCGGCACCGUCCACUGAACUUUUGUCAUCCAUCAUCGCCUCUUUCCAGAAGCAUUGCGCUCCCCUGACCAAGUGCAGGGUAAUCUUGGUCCUCGACACCUACGACCGCAUUGCUUCCGACUCCCGACUCAAGAAAGGGACCGUCACUGCAGAGGGGGCCAAAAAGUUCGCCGAGUACAAGGAGAACGCCAAGAAGCUCAUUCUCGACGAGUAUUCGCGGAGCCAUUGCGGGGCUGAGAUUGUCUGCUACGACGACGAGCUCAUCAUCACCGAGGGAGAGGCAGAGUUUGGCUCAGUGGCCUAUGCGCAACAGCACAAUGCUGUCACUCUCACCAUCACGAGAACCAAGGAUGGGCGCAUCACCUUCAUCGAGCCUCACGCACGGGUUGGAUUUGGUCUAGGCGUACGCUCGGCCCUACGGCUUACCGAGACGCCCUAUGUUUGGAUCCAGCAGCACGACUGGGCGCUGGUUGCCGACAUCCCUUUGGCACCACUUCUCGAGAUCAUGCAGCAGUCCGAGUCUGCACCGGAGUCUCCCGAUUCCUCUGAUUCAGAAACGACGGAUGGACAAGAGCCUCGAACGACUUCCGACGUACCGGUCAAGUAUGUCUGCUUCCCAUCGACUCGCAUGGUUUCCUACGCCAAGUCGGACCACGUCAUGCUCUACCCGGCACUCCGAGCCUUGACGAAUCUGUACAAGCAAAACUUCUCGGUUGGAAGCGGGUGUUCGAGUGUUAAGAUCCCUCUCACGCCGCUCUUUUUCUGGCACGACAAGCCACACCUUGCCUCGACGGCACAUUACCUCUCCCAAAUCUUUCCCAGCCGCGCUGCCAUGUUGAGGGGCGCCUUCAUUGAGGACACGGCUGGCCAACGAGCGAGAACGGAGAUGAAGGACGGGCUGUGGAGGAAGUGGGCUUGCUGGCUGUACUACCCUGACGAGGGGACAAAGCUGUGUGUGCGACACCUUAAGGGGAGAACAUGGCGGGGGACGGAUGGCGAGCUUGUGCAAAGGAUGCAGUAUAUGCGACUUAAUUCAUUCAACCCCUAGCGCAAUGCGCAUUUACGGCGGUCAAGACAAGCGUCAGAACGAAGCCAGAGGACGGGAAUGACUGCCAUCCGCUCCUUCAUAUCCUGCUGAGUCUUCAAGCGUGCGGGCAAUCACCGUCCGUAGAAGCUUUUGGCGUAUAGAACAGUAAACAUCAAUACCAGCAUAUCAAUACCCACACAUCUUAGACAUGCUUCACCACAAGUCACUGUCCCCCGUGGUCUCUACAACACUCGCUUUGCGAUCGGCUUCCAGUCCUUGAUAUCUUUAUCAGUCGGGAUCAACCAGACAACACCGCCAUUCCAGCCAUUCCCUUCGACAUCACGUUCCGGCUCAGUCAGCUUGACACCGCCCUCCUCCACGACCUUGGCGAUCUCCUUCAACCCAUCGUCGCUGAUCG